UCCAAGAGAAAAUGUGAUUUGAGUCUGGAGACAGUUGUGCAUAUCACCUAAAAAUAUCCAGGUUAGCAGAUAGAAGAGAAACAAUAUUCUGAAGAUUGCUAAAAUUGAAAAGAAAGAUUGCUUUUAGUUUGAUUUAUAUUAUAUUUCAUUUGGCUUUAAUGAUGGAGAAAACGUGUAUCCUGUAUUUUCUAUUUCUCUUGUCUUUUUUUAUGGUUCUUGUCACAGCAGAAUCAGAAGAGAGCCCUGAUGACUUAAUUCAGUUGGGGGUUACUAGAAACAAAAUCAUGACUGCUCAGUAUGAAUGUUACCAAAAAAUUAUGCAAGACCCUAUUCAACAAGCAGAAGGUGUUUAUUGCAAUAGAACUUGGGAUGGAUGGCUAUGCUGGAAUGAUGUUGCGGCAGGAACUGAAUCAAUGCAACUCUGCCCUGAUUACUUUCAGGACUUCGAUCCUUCAGAAAAAGUUACAAAGAUCUGUGACCAAGAUGGAAACUGGUUUAGACAUCCAGACAGCAAUAGAACGUGGACAAAUUAUACCCAGUGUAAUAUCAACACCCACAAGAAAGUGCAGACUGCACUGAACUUGUUUUACCUGACUAUAAUUGGACAUGGAUUAUCUAUUGCAUCGCUGCUUAUCUCACUUGGCAUAUUCUUUUAUUUCAAGAGUCUGAGUUGCCAAAGAAUUACCUUGCACAAAAACCUGUUCUUCUCUUUUGUGUGUAACUCUGUUGUAACAAUCAUUCACCUCACUGCAGUGGCCAACAACCAGGCGUUAGUGGCUACAAAUCCUGUUAGUUGUAAAGUGUUCCAAUUCAUUCAUCUAUACCUGAUGGGCUGCAAUUACUUUUGGAUGCUCUGUGAAGGCAUUUAUCUGCACACACUCAUAGUGGUAGCUGUGUUUGCAGAAAAACAGCAUUUGAUGUGGUAUUAUUUUCUUGGCUGGGGAUUUCCACUGAUUCCUGCAUGUAUUCAUGCUGUUGCCAGAAGUUUAUAUUACAAUGACAAUUGCUGGAUCAGUUCUGAUACCCAUCUUCUUUACAUUAUCCACGGCCCAAUUUGUGCUGCUUUACUGGUGAAUCUUUUUUUCCUCUUAAAUAUUGUACGUGUUCUCAUCACCAAAUUAAAAGUUACCCACCAAGCGGAAUCCAAUCUCUACAUGAAAGCUGUGAGAGCCACCCUUAUCCUGGUGCCAUUGCUUGGCAUUGAAUUUGUGCUGCUUCCAUGGCGACCUGAAGGAAGAAUUGCGGAGGAGGUUUUUGACUACAUCAUGCACAUCCUUAUGCACUAUCAGGGUCUUUUGGUCUCUACAAUUUUCUGCUUCUUUAAUGGAGAGGUUCAAGCAAUUCUGAGAAGAAACUGGAAUCAAUAUAAAAUUCAAUUUGGAAACAGCUUCUCUCACUCCGAGGCCCUUCGUAGUGCCUCAUACACAGUGUCAACAAUCAGUGAUGUUCCAGGCUAUAGUCAUGACUAUCCUAGUGAACACUUAAAUGGAAAAAGCAUCCAUGACAUUGAAAAUGUUGUCCUGAAACCAGAAAAAUUAUAUGAUUGAAAACAGCGGGAUUGUUGUCUGUUUUGUGCCACUCUUAACUCAAAGACUUGGAUCCAUGACUAUACAAGUGACUAUACUAAAUGAAUUGCUUGAAUGCCAUGAAGAAAACUUACACAUGAAACCAAUAAUGGAUUGAUAAAUGUUUAUCGACAGCUUUAUGUGGGGAGAAAAUGCCCUAAUUUGUAGUGUUUGCCAGUAAAUACUCCCACGAUGGCUGAUUUCAAGCUACCAACCUGACAUCUCUGAAUGUGGAAUUGGAAAAAAGGAUUAAGACAAUCGACUUGUGAAUUGGUGUGAGUCAGCUUCUGCGUACACUGCAUGAGUUCACAAAUGAAUAAGACUGUAAAAGUUCACAUACACAGUGGGCAUGAUUCUAUUAUUGCCUAAAGAGACCUAACUAGGGCUAGCAACAUGCAGAGAAAAUGAUCUUUUUGUUCAUUUUUUAAAUCUUUAUUCCAUCUUCAUUAGUGCAAUUGACUUUUCCCCCCAGAAAGUAUUCUAGCUAGCCUUUUUGUAAUUACCCUCUCAAAUAGACCAGACAAAGAUAUAAUUAUCUCUGUUGGCUUAUACUCUUUUCUCUAAGAAUAGCAACUGAGCAGAAUUGCUGUAAAGCUACUCAUUUGCUAACGUAUCAGUAAUACCCAGGGAGGGAAGGCAUUUCUGUUUUGGGACUUGGUGAACAGAAUGGAUCAUUUGCAUUCCUACUUCUGUAUCACUAGGAAGACAUCUCGGGCAAUGCUAUUUUUCUGUCUUACACAGGUGCGAGGGGAAUCAGUUCCCCUGUAUUUGUAAGUAGAAACUUUGCCCCUUCCAUUUCUACUGUGUAGACAAAUUAGCAAUCAUGUGACAUGAAGGAAAUCAAUGAAGGAUUUCUUAUUUUCUUGGAAGAUUGUAAAACAAUUGUAGUGAAAAAUGAGCUUGUAAAUACUCUACUACUCUAUGUUAUAGUCUCAAAUCAAAUACAUAUGACCUAGAUUUUUUUUAAUGCAAAUACAUAACACAACAAUGUAAUGCAUGUUAAUAGCUGAUACUGUGUUUGGGCUGAUUUUAUAAUAAAAUAGAGUCAGAAUUCUAUAUUUGGUAAAUAUUUUAAAGACAACCAGAUGUCAGUAUUAGAAGUUUGUUUGAGAACUAAGAAAACAGAAACAUCUAUGCUAAGACAUAAACUAUUUAUUUUAAAAACUCAAGGCCACUAUUUUACUGAGUAUAUUACCUUUGGUGAUACAUACCUUAAUAAUAGGUGUACUUGACACAUUUAUCUUUUCAUUCUGAUGAUGAAAUCACAUUUUAAUCCAGAAAUUAUAAACAACUACUGUAAUGAAUGCCAGUCUGCUACCUUUAUGGUUUUACUCAUUAAAAUAUUACUUUACUGACUUUUAUUAUAUGAAGAUAUAUGACUUUAGAAAUGUCCCAGAUUGUUAAAGAAAAAAAAAAGCAGCUAGAGGAAUACAAUGUAAAUCGUAUGCUAUGUAUUAACAUUUUAAUAGAUCUACUGUAUCUGAUCAAAUAAAACAGUGAAAAACUUGAAUAUACCAUUGAAUAAGAAUUGUUAUUAAUGGAAUAAUGAAAUUUACAGAAAAAAUUGCUUUGCUAAUAAAUUAAAAUGGCAUUGAAGUCGGAUGCUAUUUUUCACUGAACUCUCUGUAAACAAGAAUGACAAAUUAGUAAAAGUUAAUUUUGGGAGAAGUCAUUAUAUGCAUGUGUUUUUAAAGUGUGCUAAUCUGCUUAAAAUGGGUUAUAUUAAUGACUUAUCAUAAGUUGUGUCUUAAGCUGUAAUAGAGUUCAGAAUUCAUUUAAAAUUGCCAAGGAAAAUGGCCUAAGUUAGUAAGAAUUAACAUAUUAAAUGUUCCAGUUAAUAUAUUUAUAAUUAAUAAUGUCUCUAUGCAUGUAAGGGCAUUAUAAAGUUAGUUUCAGAUUUAUGAAUUUUAUAGCAAGCGGUCACUAAAAGGAACAAACGCUGUUACUAAUUUUAAUAAACUGAACUUUUAACUAUUUAUUAUUCAGUCAUACAGGUUGAAAUUCAUUGCUGACAGUGUUCAAAUAUCUCAAUAUUCUUUUAGACAUACUGUUAGUCUCAACCAUAAAUGACAGGAAAAUACUGAAUUAUCAGAGUGUUAUCAUUAAAAUGCUAUUGUAAUUUUAAAGUUUUUUUAAAAAUUCCAUCAUAUUUAGUUCAGAUUUCUUUUAUUGUCAUGGUUCAUUUAUUGUACAGUCUUCAGAUGUGUCAGUCCAUGAUUAAGCAGUGUUAACUUUUUACCCAUAUAUAUUUAGUAGUAA